AUGACUUCCCGCGCCCCCGCCGCCCGCAAGCCUGCCGCCGCCUCCCCCUCGGACCCCUCCACCACCGCCGCCUCGAGCGAGCCCUCAUCGCAGUCCCAGAAUCCACUGUCGAUCCUGCGCACGCUCACGUCGCGGUACAGCGAGAGCACGCCAUCGCGCACGAAGCUAAUCGAUGCGUUCCUCGUGUUCCUGGUUGCCGCGGGGGUGCUGCAGUUCGCGUACUGUCCGUUCAACGCCUUCCUCGCGGGCUUCUCGGCGACUGUGGGGCAGUUUGUUUUGACAGCUUCACUGCGAAUCCAGUCCAACCCCGCCAACAAGGCAGACUUUGCCGAAGUGUCGCCGGAGCGGUAUGAUCUCCCCUACCACCGCCACUGCUACGGCCACGACAGGAACGGCAAGAGGAGCGGAAGAAACGACAGUGCUGAUAAGGAUUACAGGGCCUUCGCCGACUUCGUCUUUGGCAGUGUGCUGCUGCACUUUUUCUGUAUCAACUUCAUCAAUUGA